UUAGCGCACGCGGCUCGGGAUAAUUACUGGCAAGAGAGCAGCUGACGUGUUCCUUCCCGGGGAUAAAUCGCUAGCGGAUCGCCAUGGCAUUGCUCGAUUCCGCCUUUUCUUCCUCCCAAAGGAACCCUCGACCCGGGAGCGGCCGCUCGCGUGGCCCCGGGGCGCCGUGAGGCUGUAGGAUGACAGACUCCAUCCCACGGGUGUGAAACGCGAGGGGGGGGAAACCGCGAGGUUUGGCGUCUUGUCUCGGAGCCGCUCGCUCGCCGCCCCGCGGGAUGGAGGCGGUGCGCCGGGCCGGGCGCGGGUGGCUCGGGCCCCUGCUGGCUGCCUGGCUGUCCGCCCUGCCCGGGGCCGCCGCCUGCCCCCGGCCCUGCGCCUGCUACGGCCCCACCGAGCUGCACUGCACCUUCCGCUCCCUCACAGCCGUCCCACCGAGCGUCCCGGACAACGUGGAGCGCAUCAACCUGGGGUACAACAACUUGCUUAAAUUGAUGGAAACAGAUUUUUCUGGCCUGAAGAAACUGGAGAUACUGAUGCUGCACAGCAAUGAGAUAAAUACAAUCCCCAAUAAGGUGUUCAGUGAUUUAUAUUCAUUACAGGUCUUAAAAAUGAGUUAUAACAAGAUCAGAGUACUUCAGCAGGACGUUUUUUAUGGUCUGAAGAGCUUGGUACGGUUGGAUAUGGACCACAAUAAAAUUGAGUUUGUAAAUCCCAACGUUUUCUAUGGACUCACAUCACUGAGGCUGGUCCACUUGGAAGGAAAUGUGCUGAAGCAGCUUCAUCCAGAUACUUUCGUCACCUUGCGCUACAGCCAAAUAUUUAAAAUAUCCUUCAUGAAGCACAUAUAUUUGUCUGACAAUGUGUUGACUUCGCUACCACAAGAUAUGUUUUCCUACAUUUCUGAGCUAGAGAGCAUUUAUCUUCAUGGAAACCCAUGGUCCUGUGACUGCAGUCUACAGUGGUUUGCAGAAUGGGCAAAACAGAGGCCAGAUGUCGUAAAGUGCAAAAAUGACAGAGGUUCUGGUGCUCAGCAAUGCCCAGUUUGUGCUAGUCCCAAAAAUCACAAAGGGAAAAGCUUAGUGGAUAUUCCUUCUGCAUCAUUAACCUGCACUAAGCCAGCCAUACACGACUCCCUGAAGUUUAAAAACCUCACAGUGCCAGACGAUGGGGAUUUUGGGUCCAUAUCUCCCAAGGACUUCAUAGCUCCUAUAGGAUCCAUGGUUUUGAACAUGACUGACCAAGCAGGAAAUCAAGGUAACUUGGUUUGCAACAUCCAAACACCUAAAGGAAUGUCUCCCAUCUCAUUGGACAAAGACGGCAACAAUACAGUACUCAAAACAUCAGUCUCAGCGUUUCUGGUCUGUGGCAUUGAUUUUGAACAUAUUCAGCAGCUGUGGAGCAUAUUGGCACUGUACAGUAAUUCUCCCUUAAGACUGGAAAGGAAUGUCCUAGUAACUAACGUGCCUUCUAUUACGUACAAAUAUAAACAAAUCCACUCUGAAAAAGAGGAACUUUUUACCAAUAUAGAGACUGAACUGAGAGCUGAACCAUCUUGGUUCAUGCAAAGCCAAGUGGCAUUACAGCUAGACAGGACAACAACCACACUAAACACGUUGCACAUCCAGUACUUCACAGAUGCUCAGAUUGUUUUGCCCAGUGCUGACACAAAGCAGGCAAGAAGUGACUGGACCAUCAUCCCCAGGGAUAACUCAACACAAACAAAGCGCACUGUUUUGGUCGGGGGAACCAUAGAACUGGAAUGCCAAGCAAUUGGAGAACCAGCUCCUACAAUAGAGUGGAUAUUGGCUGAUGGAAGCAAGGUGAGAGCUCCAUAUAUCAGUGAGGAUGGAAGAAUUCUAGUAGUUCAAACUGGAACGCUCACAUUACGGACAGCCGAUGCUUUUGACACUGGGCUUUAUCACUGCAUAGGCACAAAUCACAACGAUGCAGAUACUGUCACAUUCAGAAUUACUGUGGUGGAACCUCACGUGGAAGACGAUAGUGUAAACGGAGCUCACCUUUCUACAGUUGUUGGCAGCACACUCUACCUUCCCUGUACAUCCACCGCUUCUCCAGAUGCUGCCAUUAGCUGGGUCCUACCUGAGGGUGUGAUUCUUCAUCAUUCUGUAAGGAACAAACAGAUUUUCGACAACGGUACCUUGAGAAUAAAGGGGGUGACAGAGCGAGACAAUGGCUACUUUAGAUGUGUUGCAGCCAACCAGUAUGGUGUUGAUCUUCUGGUUUUCCAAGUAACAGUUAGAAAGGACGAAACUGCUCUAAAGGAAAAGCAGGUAGCUGUGGGAGAAUGGGAAGAGGGUCAUGGCUCUGGCGACGCAAUGCUGGCCUCUGCUGCAGCACAGAAGCAUCCUUUAGCUACUCCAGCUGCCUUGACAGUUAAUCAGGAACCUGCUGCCUCAGCAUCCAGAAACUGGGCAUAUAAAAGGAACAACUUCGGGAAGAUGACUUACAGGCGUUACAGGGACAAAACGAGCAGGCGGUUUAGAGGACACAGAAGACAGUUUGUUUCGUCAGCCAGGAGGGUCGAUCCGCAGCGCUGGGCGGCCUUUUUGGAAAAAACAAAGAGGAACUCAACAUUGAUAGGAAAACAAGGAGAUGUUGCAACACCACCACCCACUCAAGUCCCUCAGUUCUCAGCAGUACCUGGGGGUGAGGAGGAAACAUCUGGGGAUCUCAUGUCUCCAGAGGAAGAAUUCAUGAUGCCAGUAACGAAGACAGCCACUGUAUUUACUCUGGGGAGCGUGAUAACCACAGGGGCUGAGAGGACUGCCAGUAACGCUCUUGCGAGGGAAGCCUCUCUCCUGGUUGUAGAGGCAGUCACUCCCCUGCCCUCUCCUUUUUCACAGUCUGUGUCAUCUGACAGUAGGCGGCCACAUACAUAUGUAAACCCUACAAUUACAAACACUUGGGAGGUAUCUGAUUUAAGUCAAAUAUCAGCAGAGGGUAUAAAAAACUCAACUCUGUCAAAUGGAGCAAGUAGAACAUCUAGAGUGCUCCCUGCUGGGCAAAGCUUGGUAUAUUCUGAAGAAAGUAAUAACCAGCAUUUAAAAUCUCUAUCUACGAUACCCGUGACAGAUGUUACAGACACCAGCAAGUCUGUAACUUCCCAAAACACAGCAGGCAAGCCACGUGCUUUUACUGAGUCUGUUAAUGAGAUUUCCACCAAAGCAGAUGAUCAGGUAUCUGUAGUGACAGUCAGUGACCCAAGUCCUGAAUUUGGUCACAUUUAUUUUCAUAGUAGUCAGAAACAAGUAACUCCUAAGGCACCAUUAGCCUCACCUAUCAUAACACAUCAGCAAAUGCAGAUUAUUCAGGACGUUACACCCCAUACACCCCAGACCCAGCAGCAAUAUGGAAGACGAAGGAAGGUUUCUGGUAGGAGACGAAUUGUUACACCAGGACGUAUUCCAAAUAUUAAAGAGCACAGAUAUAAUUUUGGGAGGCCAGGAUCUGUCAGAGGAAGUACAGAUGUGGCUGCAGGUGUUCAACUGAAUAUGAAAUCUCUAUCAAAUUUACCGUCUUUAAAUCAUAUAAGCAGCUCCCUCAACCCAUUUAGCCCAGAAGCACCUCUGGCCUCCCCCUCUACCAUUGAUAUGCCAUUGGAGCACCCAGAGGGUACUCAUCAAAACACAGCGUUCCUCGGGGAAGAGAAGAACAAAGCCAGUGCAAGGCAAAAAGCUGCCACAACACUCAUGCCUUUAAUUACAAAAGGCACCCAAGAUACUCCUCAGUGGAAACCAGAGAUCAGUGCUCCAUUUCAGAUUACAAAUUCUGAUCGAGUUCAACUGUUUGGUAUGGGAAAACCAACAAGGGCACUCCACACAGCUGAUGUUAUGACAAAAAUUACACAUCCUAUAAGCACUAAGAUAUCUCCUACCCUUGAAUCAGUCUCAGCCAGCAUUAAGCCUAGAACCUCAGCAAAAAAAUCACAAAGAGGAAACACUACUAGGGAACAAAUCUUUGGAAAUAGUGCACAAAAAGAGGUCCUUCUUCAGAAGCAACCAAAACAACAGACGGAUAUCUUUCUAUCAUCAGAAGUGCCAACCAUGCUUCCUAAAACUACGGCAGCAUUACCAAUGUCCAAAACGCCUCCUUUGCACUUUACGCCUAAUACAGGUGGGACUCACAGCAGUGAUUUUUGGUCUUUAAACAAGCCCAUUCGUUAUGGCAGUGGGAAACCAGAAGAACAUCUUACUGCAAACCCACGUUCGUACUCCAAUCUUGUAACUGGUGUGACCAAAGCAAUGGAUGUAACAAGUGUGAAGCCAAUGCUUACACCUAUUAUUACUCCUCCAUCUGACACCAAAAUCACCAAAAGUAAAAUAUCCAGAGUGGGAAGAAGGAAAGGUCAGAGAAGGAGGAGGCCCCCUAAAACAUCUGGUUCACAAAGUGUGACUGCAAGCCACAGCACUGCAGCGAUUCUGUCGCAGAAUACAGCCAUGCCUGUCGUGACAACACUUAAAUCAUUAACCAUGCCUGUAAACCCUCUCUCUGAGAGUGCAAGCACAGGCUCAGUGACAAAAAUACCAGUGCUGUGGACCCUUCACACACCAGAGGCACCUCAGCAGAUGCUGACAGCAGCCACACCAACAUUCAUGGCUCCCAUCACACAGAGGAACAGCCAGCCAGCCACGUUGCCACCUGACAGUCCUAUUGCUUCCAGCCCCACCACACCCAUCCAAACCACACCACUGCUUUCAGUGCCUUCCAGCGCCACAAGCACACAAUUUGCCAUAGUCGGUGCGACAUCUGGGUCAGAAUCUGCUCAGCAAAUCAAAGCCACUGCAAUAGCAGGUGAAAAACCACAGCUGAAAAUGGAAGAGAGAGUUACCCAAGAAAACCACCUUGCACAGCCCCCAUUCCCAGCAAGAACUGAGUCAAGUACCAGAGCUCCUGCAGCACCCACAGACACCUCUCCCCGCAGCACUCAGCAUCCCACCCCACUGCCAGCCCCAACAGGAGCUCUGCCACCUUCACAUACUGUGAGAAUCACGUCACCUCCAGGGUGGGAAAUCACAUUCCACCAGAAGCCCUCUGCUAAAGCCAUGGAGAGAGGCAACACGUUAACUGUCAACACACUGACCAUAGUGAAGUCAUCACCAAUCACAACUCCGCACGCUCCUCUGUGGGGAAGGGACAAGGACAUUUCUGCCAAAGGCUGGUCUGAAAACAGACAAGAUCAAGGAACUACCAGCAACAAUCCUACAGCCCUGGACUCUUUAAGUAGAAAUCACUUUGCGAAGCCCAGAAUAAUUGGAGGAAAAUUAGCUGCUUUUACUGUGCUGGCUAAUUCAGAUGCUUUUAUUCCUUGUGAAGCUACUGGUAACCCUCGUCCAACAAUACAGUGGACCAAAAUAUCAUCAGGGACCGGUGGUGUGGAAAGCCGAGGUGACAGCCAGUGGAUGGUGUUUGCCAACGGCACGCUCGCCAUCGCCCGGGCAGGCCUGGAGGACCGUGGGCAGUACCUGUGCACCGCAGCCAACCCACACGGCACGGCACGACUCCUGGUCACCUUGUCAGUAGUGGCCUACCCACCCCGCAUCACCGGUGGCAGGUGGCAGCUCCUCACCGCUCACUCCGGAAAGCCAGUGGCACUCAAGUGCAGAGCUGAGGGCAGGCCGCCUCCCACCGUCUUGUGGGUUCUGGCAAAUAAAACGCACAUCUCCGACUCUUCUCCAGGAAACGACAAAGUUCAUGUGGAACCAGAUGGCACUUUAAUUAUCGAGGCAGUCACUGUUUACGACAGGGGCCUCUACACGUGUGUGGCUAAAAACCCAGCGGGCACCGACACGCUGGUUGUAAAACUGCAGGUCAUUGCGGCACCUCCCGCUAUUCUGGAAGAGAAGAGACAACGUGUUGAAGGAACGAUGGGGGAAAACAUGCAGCUCCCUUGCACCGUGAAAGGAAAUCCUCAGCCCACUGUCCACUGGGUCCUCUUUGAUGGCACAGUGGUGAAGCCUCUGCAGUUUGUAAAUGGAAAGCUGUUCCUGUUCUCCAACGGUACCCUCCACCUCAACAACAUCAUUCCUUCUGACAGCGGGAAUUACGAAUGCAUAGCCACAAGCUCGACUGGCUCGGAAAGGAGGGUGGUGAGCCUCGUGGUAGAACACAGGGAUACACUUCCAAAAAUAGCUACUGCCUCUCAAGGAAUGACUCAGUUGAAUUUUGGGGAUAAGUUGCUUCUGAACUGCACGGCAACUGGGGAGCCAAAACCCAGGAUCAUCUGGAGGUUACCUUCCAAGGCAGUUGUUGACCAGUGGCACAGAAUGGGAAGUCGAAUCCAUGUCUACCCCAAUGGAUCCUUGGUUAUUGAAGCAGUUACUGAAAAGGAUGCAGGUGACUAUUUGUGUGUCGCAAGAAACAAAAUUGGAGAUGAUCUUAUACUGAUGAAAGUCAGGAUCACAAUGAAACCAGCCAAGAUUGACCAGAAACAGCAUUUCAAGAAACUGGUGCCAUAUGGAAAAGAUUUCAAAGUGGAUUGCAAAGCCUCUGGGUCACCCACACCAGAAAUAUCCUGGAGUUUGCCAGAUGGGACGGUGAUCAAUAACGCGAUGCUGGCAGAUGACAGCGGACACAGGUCUCGCAGAUACAUCCUCUUUGACAAUGGAACUCUGUAUCUCAACAAAGCUGGAAUAACAGAAGGAGGAGAUUACACCUGCUAUGCUCAAAACACACUGGGAAGAGAUGAAAUGAAGAUCCAUGUCACGGUCGUCAUGGCAGCCCCUCAAAUAAAGCACAAUUACAAGACUUACAUGAAAGUGAAAGCUGGAGAUACAGCAUUACUGGACUGUGAAGCUGCUGGAGAACCCAAACCAAAAAUAUUCUGGUUGCUUCCUUCUAGUGACAUGAUCUCCUCGUCAACAGCCAGAUACUUCCUGCAUGUUAAUGGUUCUCUAUCAGUCGGUCAAGUCAAACUGUUAGAUGCCGGGGAGUACAUGUGCGUCGCUCGUAAUCCUGGAGGGGAUGAUACAAAAUUGUAUAAGCUGGAUGUUGUUGCUAAACCCCCUAUCAUAAAUGGUUUAUAUGUGAACAAAACAAUCAUGACAGUGACGGCAGUGAGGCAUUCAAAGAAACACAUUGACUGUAGGGCAGAAGGGAACCCCCCGCCUCAGAUUAUGUGGAUCAUGCCUGAUAAUAUUUUCCUAACAGCUCCGUAUUAUGGGAGCAGGAUUGUAGUACACCAAAACGGGACACUUGAGAUUCGCAACGUAAGGCCUUCUGACACAGCAGCAUUUAUCUGUGUGGCACGUAAUGAUGGGGGGGAGAGUAUGUUGGUGGUGCAGCUGGAGGUGUUAGAAAUGCUAAGGCGACCGAUCUUUAAAAAUCCAUUCAAUGAGAAAAUAAUAGCAACACCUGGAAAACCUACAACACUGAAUUGUUCUGUGGAUGGCAACCCUCCCCCUGACAUAAGCUGGAUGUUGCCUAAUGGCACGUGGUAUUCCAGUGGCAUCAAGACUUCCCAGUUUCUCACGGAUAGCGGUGGUACCCUUACCAUCUACAAUCCCGACAAAGACAAAGCAGGAAAGUACCGCUGUGCUGCCAGGAAUAAAGUUGGUUACAUUGAGAAGCUGCUCCUCGUGGAGGUUGGCCAGAAGCCCACUAUUCUCACGCACCCCAAGGGGCCAGUGAAGGGCGUUAGUGGGGAGCCACUAUCGCUUCACUGCCUGUCUGACGGGAGUCCCCCACCAAGCACGGUGUGGACGCUGCCGGGUGGCUCCGUGCUGGAUCGGCCGCAGAUCAAUAGGAAAUACCUGCUGCUGGAAAACGGCACUCUGGUCAUACGGGAAGCCACCAUUCACGACCGAGGAAAUUACAUGUGUAAGGCCCACAAUAACGCUGGAGAAUCCUCUAUAAGCGUUCCUGUCGUUAUUAUAGCCUAUGCCCCAAGGAUUACAGGCAGGCCACCGCAGACCAUACACACGAUGCCUGGUGCUGCGGUUCAGCUCCACUGCAUAGCGCUUGGAAUACCAAAGCCAGAAAUUACCUGGGAACUCCCUGACCACUCGGUACUCUCUACAGGUAACCAAGACCGAGCAUUUGGAAGCAAACUGCUUCAUCCCUCGGGAACGUUACUCAUCCAGAAUCCCCGACCCUCAGAUUCUGGCACAUACAAGUGCACAGCGAAGAACCAUCUUGGCAGUGAUUUCACAGUAACAUACGUUCACAUCAUUUGAAAUAAGAAAUACGGCAUAAAUGAUGGUUAACAAAGUCUACAGCUGGACUGAGUUUAUUCUUGGAAUAAGUUUAAUCAAAGGCAGCCAUAGGCAUGUAAGUGCCUGAAUUCAUUCAGAGUAUUCAGACUGCAAUGACAGUGCAAAAAAAGAGAGGAAGGGCUUAGGAAGAUUAGAACUAGGAUUAUUAUCUAGCAGUGGUUCUUUCAGUGAUUAAAUGGACUUAAAAACAAACUUCAGGCACUUUUGCUUUGCCAGCAAACAUUGAAUAUCAAAUAAAACUACUUUCUAGAAACUUACGUAGAAGUCUGCAGUAAAGGAGAGACGUUUUCGUAUUGGUUUAAUGUUGUCCACCUUGCGUGACUCACGAGCGUGGAUGCAUAAAGCAAGAGCACCUGAGAACCAAAGAGCAGAUUUUUUUGUAAUGCAGAUUACCUUAAUAUGUCUGAAUAUUUAGUAUGUUUUUUUUAAUAAACA